AUGAAAGUGCUAGCCAUCACCUCCGCCCUCCUUAUCGCCUUCUCCGGUGCCGCCGCCGCGGUUGCCAGCCCGGCUGAAUCCUUCAACGAUGGCCUCUCCGCCCGUGACGCCUCCCCCGAGGCAGCCCCCAUGCCCGGCUGGUGGGGCUUCCGCUGGAGCAGACAUGGUACAUCCAGCUGGAAGCGCAGUGCCGACGCCGCCCCGGAGCCUGUCCCCGGCUGGUGGGGCUUUCGCUGGAGCAGGCAUGGCACAUCCAGCUGGAAACGCGAUGCCACCCCCGAACCUGUCCCCGGCUGGUGGGGCUUCCGCUGGAGCAGGCAUGGUACGUCCAGCUGGAAACGUGAUGUCAGCGCCACCGAUGCAGGUGCGAACCCCGAGGACGACGCGGAGUUCAUCUAUCUCCCCAAGGGCAUGACGCCGGAUGACCUGGCGCUCAUGCUCAAGGAUGCGGAGAUGGAGAAGGAGGAAGAGGGCGAGAAUGGCCAGGCUUAG